AUGGGCCGCUCAAAGCCUUCUACUCGGUCGUCCGAGCCCAAAUCGCCAUUGGAGGCUACAAGCAGCGCCAUUGACGCACAUCUGGCCAAGACCAAGAAGGAAGGCUUCCAGGAAAGGCAGCGCUCCCUGCAGGCGGGCAACCGCCUCUUCCAAGACCUUAUCAAUAACAAGCGUCUUCCCUCGAACACCAUCAACCAUUUCUGCCUGUGGACCGAGAACGAGCUCUGCCUUCUCCUCCCAUAUGUCCCCAACGACCUCUACGCCGAGUACCACUAUGCCAUCCUCUCGCGCCUACUGCAAGUCGCAAUCAUCCCGCUGAGCGAGGAAUACGACAACAUUGUCAAGGUCCACCCCUCUCAACGCGGCUCGCUCGGUGCAGACGAUGCAGUCGGCCAUCUCGAGCGGGCUUGCAAGGUUGUCGUUUCGCUCAUUGAGAGUGUCCAGGACCUUGAUUCUAUCAAUGGCUACGUGAUCGCAGAAGAGCUGCACACUCCCGAAUGGCUGAAGCUCGUCGUCGACCUGCUGUGUGCCCUCCACGGCGGUAUUAAUGGCGGUCCCGAUGCAUCAGACGCGCUGUCUGAUCUACUCAACUCCAUUGUGGGCGAGCCGGAGGGACCUGCUCACGACCUCGUUAUCAAGGAAGAGGUGGCCGGACUAAUCUGUCACCUCCUAUUCCAGUCUACCUUCAAUCUGUUCCGCAUCAUCACUCCCUUCCUUGAGGCAGACAUGUUCAACAACGCCAUGCGUGGCGAUUGGAACCCCAAGACGGGUAGAGCCAUUCUUCGCGCCUUCACUACACACAGGCGCAAGAGUGAUAUACAGAGUUCAUCCUCGACUUCGUGGAACCCUAUUCGUCGACUGGAGAAGAACGAGGUGGUCGUCUACGUCGAUCACUGGGCUAUCCUCGUCAAGACUUUUACCAAAGGUGGCGAAGAGAAUGACGCAUCCUUCCCUCUGAACCGCAUUGAGGGUUUUACUCGCGAUGAGAGUGACAGCACUGGUAAAUCCACACUCCCAAUCGCGCUGACCUUGGUGAUCGGAAUCAAGGGUGACCAGGCCUCUGCCUUCCAUGACUUUGUGACGAAUCGUCUUCCAAAGAGUUCCAAAAAUGGCGCCAGUGGCUCUUCAUCUCCGCCUCUCCCAUACCCCACCAAAGUGGUUGUUGAUCCUGCCGAAGCCAAGAAUACCUACGCCCACGAUGUUGGCCGGGACAUGAGCGAAGCCACCAACAACGCGGAGGCGGUGAACCCUAUCAACGACCCCAUUCCGUCUGCGGGCGACGACUGGCAUGUGCACGAUCCCCUCGCUGAACCGUCCCAACCAAACCCCGACUCGAAGGGCAAGUCCAAUGCCCCGGCUGCUAUCCGCACGCGUGGUGAAAAGGAGACCAUCUCGUCCGAGCCCGGCCCGUCGACGGCUGGUUCCAAAGCGACAGACUCUUCCGCAAAGAUCGCUGCCAAGGUCACCAAGGCUGGACCAGUCACAGCGGAAGCUCAAGACAAGGAUGAGGAUCCAGCUGAAGCUGAAACGGAUCAAGAAACCUCUACUCGUCGUCCAACCCGUGUCGCGGCCAAGGAAGCAGCAAAGAAGGCCCGGGUAGUUGCCAUCGACGAGCAGAGUCAACCUACUCAAGUUAAGCCGGCUGCCUCCAGCACGAGCGACUCACCGGCGAGGAGUUCAUCAGACUCACACCAAACAUGCUCUGCUUCUCCGUCCGCCGACGACAACGUCCUGGGAGGAAUCGGCGAGGAUGAUCCCGAGAUGCACUACCCGGAGGCCAGUCAAACAGUGCCCAAGCCGUCACCGAUCAAGAAGCCCACGAACACUUACGGUUCCAAGUCCAUUCGCUUUCUAGAUGCCAAGAGUGACGAUGAGAGCGACGAGGAAGUCGGGCACAUCAUCAAGUCCCUUCCCCAGACAUCGUCCAGGCCAAAGCGCUCGCCUCCCAAGUCCCGCAAUAUCGAGACCGUGCCCGACCCCAAGUCUCCUGUCGGCACCACUGUUCGGGCCCGUCGCCGCAUCGAUCAGGCUGAGACGACGACCAAGACGCCUGCCGACGACAAUCGCCUACAUGUUGUGAAGCCACCCCGUCAAGCGGUCAAAGCUCCUCCACACGCCGAUGACAUUUGCGACGAGAAGCCUCUCCCAUGGCUUCCCAACUUUCAGCACACUGAGGCUGUCAAGUCGAUCCAGACGCAGCAUAGCCCCUCGUCUUCCAAUUCGGACCCCCAGGUGACAGGCGAGGACAGUCGCGUUAAACUUCCCAAACAGGCUCCGCAGCAGGUGGACGAUGUGUUCAAUGACUUUGAAGAGGACCUGGGUGCCCAAGACCGCGACCCUUCUUCAAGCUUUGACGGCUCCCAACAUCGCGACCUUGCUCAGGAUGUCGAUGCCCAAGCUUACGCUCCUCUCGAUGUCCGCGUUCUUCAAGACCUUGUCGACCCCCAAGACUCGGAUGUUUCUGAGCUCAACUUUGGCAAUGGGCUUCCUAUCGAGGACAAUGUAUUCGUCGACCUGCCUUCCCCCCACCACCCACUUCAAGAGUCUCCAGUCAACACCUUGGAUAACGACGAUUCAGUGACAGAGGGGCUCAGCCUUUCGGGUUUCAGGAGCAGCGUCAGUACAGACCGCGCCACAGACCCAGCACCCCCUUCUCGCCACAUUCCCAAGGUCGAUCCCCCAACACCGGUGGCUAUUACCCACAAGAAGGAGCCCACGGUAUCUGACAUCGCGCAAACUCCCAGUGAUCUGGGCUCGGACCAGUUUGUCACCUCGACGCCACUUGCGGUGUUCAACCACACGCGCUCCGCGUUCGCGCCCGAGUCGCCCAAGGUCAUCGAAUCCCCGCCCCAGGUCACCCAGGCCACACCCAAGGCCACUCUGUCCGCGCUCAAGGUUGCUGCGACGGACACUGAGGAGCGCUCCGUGAAGCACACCCGUUUCGGGGAACUGCCUGUCCGUACCCCGAAGCCUCCUCGUUCUCCAACGGCUGGAAAGCACGCAAGGAUUGAUCAACUUUUGGGAGAGGCGGCCGAGAUCAUCCAGAGCCUCAACAUGAUGCGCCUGCAAGCUCCAAACCUCAAGACUCAAACCGCACGCCGCCGUAUUGCCGGCUCGGCCAAGGCGGCCACGGACAAGUGGGCGACUGAAACCGGCACGCAGCUUGGCGCAGUCCAAAGUGCCUACGCGCCGCACGAAGCGAGUUAUCAAGACCUCAAACACGCCCUCGUUGUUCUCAAGACUGAGACGGCUGCCCGCGACGAAAAGGUCCAAAGGUUCGCCACGAAGGGCGCGGCCCCAACCCCACUUCCCAAGACGCUCUUCUAG